GCGACCGACUUGGAAACCUCUGUUAGUUUAAGUAGCGCAGCGCGAUGGCCAGGCUUUCGAGCAGCGAGAUACAUAAAUCAGGUACGAUAUUUACCCCAAAUAUUCACGAAUGGUUUUCCUUUUCUCCUCAGACUCAAGCCCGGAUCUCCCUCAUUUCAACACUCUAAUUUACCGAACUCGAUAGAGCUCUUACCUUUGCUCGGAAUGGGGUCAGUGCAUGAAUACACAUCCUCGUCUGCCAAGGGAGGGACGGUGGAUGAUUCGCUCUCGGACGAUCAUAAUUCGACAACCUUCGUAAAGAAGAAGGUUCCAUGGUGGGCGUACAUCUGGGAUUACGAGCCCGAUCGCUCCCCAGAGGAACGCGCUUUCAUUCAGAAGCUCGACGUCUUUCUGAUCACGAUGCUGAGCUUCGGCUAUUUCAUCAAGAAUCUUGAUCAGACCAACAUUAGCAACGCCUUUAUCAGCGGCAUGAAGGAAGAUCUUCAUAUGAAUGGCAACGAAAUCAACCUCAUCGACACAGCCUGGACCGUCGGCUACGUGGUGGGUCAAAUCCCCUCGCAGAUCGUCCUCACAAAGGUGCGACCAUCCAUUUGGGUACCCUCCUGUGAGCUGCUUUGGACAGUCUUGACUUUCUGUCUGGCGGCUGUAAAGACUUCGAAUCAUGUUAUUGCCAUCCGUUUCUUCGUCGGUUUGGCGGAGUCCAUCUUCUAUCCGGCCGCUCACACGAUCCUGGGAUCGUGGUACAAGCCGUCUGAGCUGGGCAAGAGGGCCUGCAUUUUUCACGCUUCUUCGGCUGCGGCCGGCAUGUUUUCAGGCUAUCUCCAAGCUGGCGUCUACCGUGGCCUCAACGGUGUACAUGGACUUGCUGGUUGGAAGUGGUUAUUUAUUAUGGACGGAAUCAUCAGCUUGCCCAUAUGCAUCGCGGGGUUCUUCUUCCUACCAGAUCUCCCAGAGAACACAAGAGCAUUUUACCUUAACGAAAAUGACCGAGAGUUAGCUCGCAAGCGUAUGGCGAGCGUCGGCCGUGCUCCUCGGACAAAGCUGGGACGAUCUGCUUUCAAACGAAUCUUUGGAAGAUGGCACGUUUACUUGUUGUCGAUUCUUUACAUCAUCUUCAUCAAUAUCGGCCCGUCGAGCAGUGUCAACCCCUUUUCGCUCUGGCUGAAGGCAAGGGGCGAGAGUGUGGAGAGGAUUAACAUCGUUCCUACAGCGGCCUCUGCGGUCCAGCUGGUUCUCACCGUCUCGUUCGCUAUCAUCUCUGACGCGAUUCGUCAUCGUGCUAGCAUCAUGUCCAUUUCUACUUUUCUUGGCGGCUUUGCAGCCUUGAUUCUUGCCAUCUGGAACGUCCCGGACGGCUUGAAGUGGUUUGCUUUUCUGCUGCAGCGCGCUUCAGUGCCGUAUGGACCGCUCAGCAUGAGCUGGACAAACGAGAUUUGCGGUGCUGAUGCCGAGGAGCGCGCCAUCGUCAUUGGCAUCAUGAACUCGUUGGGAUACGCAUUCAACGCCUGGGUACCAAUCCUGACGUAUCCUCAAGUUGACGCUCCAACCUUCAAAAAGGGCUUCAUUUUCUCGACAGCUGCCUUUGGUGCUCAAGCUGUCAUCACAGCUUCGGUGGCCUAUCUCUACAGGCGCGACAAGAAGAAGCAGGGGAUCGCCAAGAGAGACGAAGAAGGUGUCACUGCACCUGCUUCAGUUCCCAACUUGAAGUGAAUCACACAACUACGUAUAGUGUUGGUCAAGCUGCUUUGCACGAAUUAUGAUGUAAUACGAUCAUGGCAUAGCAAUCGGCGUUGAACGGUAAUCUAGAAUAUCAAUCGGACCUAACAGGAUUUAAACCGUACACUUUGCCAUCCAUCUUUUGCUUACGAACUAAGAUCACGAUACGUGAUGCGUGUUGAUAAGAUAGCGGGCUCCUGACAUUAAUAUUUUAAGUAAUCGGUCUGUGUCCCGUGGUCGGGAGAUGUGGUCGUUUGAGGGAAUACCCUGCGGUCAAAAACUCGACUGAUUAUUACUUAUCAUCCAGCCAGGGGUAUGUGACUUGGCUUUUCUAGAGUCAAGGUAAUUAGUAACAUAGUUAUCUUUGAGCGAAGUUCCACGUUCAGGCGC